GUGUCUACUACCAGGCUUUCAUGCUGUCCUCUCCCAAGUAUCGCCGCGUGGCCAGCUGGAUUUGCGGCUGGUUGUACGUCGUGGGAAACAUCACCAUCACUCUGGCCGUGAACUUUGGAACUGCCCUGUUCAUCGUCGCAUGCGUCAACGUUUUCGAGUCGGAACCUGGUGUCGGCGUCCUUGCCGGCGAGCCGUAUCAGGUGUUCCUCAUCUUCUUGGGUUUGACCUUUAUCUGCAAUCUUGUGUCCUCGCUCGGCAACAAGUAUCUGCCCAUCAUUGAUUCCGCCGCCAUUUUCUGGACAUUCGCUGGUGUCUUCGCCCUCAUCAUCGCCGUUCUCGUCGUUGCCAAGAACGGCCGUCACGAUGCCAAAUACGUCUUCACCCACUUCGAGGCCAACUCUGGAUGGCCCGAUGGAUGGUCUUUCUGUGUCGGUCUUGUUCACGCCGGAUACGCCACUUCAUCCACUGGCAUGGUUAUCUCCAUGUGCGAGGAGGUCAAGAAGCCUGCCACCCAGGUCCCCAAGGCUCUCGUUCUCACCGUUUGCCUCAACACCCUGGCCGGUCUUCUGUUCCUCAUCCCCCUCGUUUUCGUGCUUCCCGACAUCACCUACUUGAUCAACUUGGCUUCCGGUCAGCCCGUCCCCGCCAUUGUUAAAGACGCCAUGGGAUCGUCCGGCGGCGCCUUUGGGCUUCUCUUCCCCCUCAUGGUUCUGGCCGUCAUUUGCGGUAUUGGUUGCACCACCGCCGCCUCUCGUUGCACCUGGGCUUUCGCCCGUGACGGUGCCAUCCCUGGUUCCCGCUGGUGGAAGGAGGUUAACCCCAAGCUGGACGUCCCCUUGAACGCCAUGAUGCUCAGCAUGGUUGUUCAGAUCAUCCUCGGUAUCAUUUACUUUGGUUCCAGCGCUGCCUUCAACGCCUUCUCCGGCGUCGGUGUCAUUUGCUUGACUGCCUCGUACGCCAUUCCCAUUGGCAUCAGUCUCUUCAACGGUCGAACCCACCUGGUCGGUAGCCCCUUCAACCUCGGCAAGUUUGGUGUUGCCGCCAACGUCAUCUCUCUCGCCUGGUCUGCUCUUGCCAUGCCCUUGUUCUGCAUGCCCACCUUCGUUCCCGUCACCCCCACGACCAUCAACUACGCUCCUGCCGUCUUCGUCGCCGCCUGCCUCAUCUCUGGUGGUUGGUACUUUGCCUGGGGCAAGAAGAACUACGCUGGUCCCCCUACCAACGAGGAGCCUGCCUUCUAAGCUCUACAUACAACUGAGCUCGAGGGAGCUUGCGGCUGCGAUGAUCAAAGGCCGAAAUGUUUUUGAGCUGUUCAGCUCCCUCGGUCGAAAAUGCGAUUAAAAACAAGUAUCGACAACAUAUACUUGGCAUCGGUGUGCAUCCACAUGGGUCUUCUGUCACACUUGGAAACAGUGAACUGGAAGCAACCCAUUGGCAACAUUUUGUCAAGAGGCGCCUACGAAUUACGGCGCAUCAGGCAAGGAUACCAACAAAAAAAGAGAGAGUCUAAGGCGGUCAUGUACAUAGGAAUGAUACCCCCCAGUGCUUAAAUUCAAUUUUUCAGUUACAA